CCAGAAGCGGGGAGAAGUUGGAGAGGUCGGGAGGGGAGGGUAGGAAGAAUUUGAAGCCAGACCCCCGCCCUGGUCAGCUGAGCCCCCGAGGAGCGUCUCUGCAGUGUCCAGGCCGAGUGUGGACGCGUCGCGCGCGGCCCCGCCAGGGCUGAGAGUUUGCAGACCGUCCCUGCCGCGGCCCGCUCGGCGGCGGCCCUGCGGCUCCCGCGGCUGCCGCGGCGGCCCCGGGCUCGAUCCAGCCCAGGUAGACCCGCCGCAGGCUCGGGGUGCCGCGACCCCGUGCCCCGCGGAGCCUUGGGCCCCCCGGGGACGGCAGCUGGCAGGCACUCCCGGCUGCUGCUGCUGCUGCUGCUCAACAAGGAGGAGUGAUUACUGCUCUAUAGUAGACAUUGGAGGCGGAUCCAUCAGACCAUCAGGAUGGAAACGAGGAAAGGAAAUCGGCUGACGCAGGAGCCCGAGUGAGACGAAGAAACCCACAAGCCCAGCCUACACCAUGAACUUGUGUCUCCUUUCCACACUGUAAGAGCCCAGGGCAGGUGAAGUUGCCGGAGAGCAAUGGCUCUCUUUACUCCGUGGAAGCUGUCCUCUCAGAAGCUGGGCUUUUUCCUCGUGACUUUUGGCUUUAUCUGGGGUAUGAUGCUCUUGCAUUUUACCAUCCAGCAGAGGACUCAGCCCGAGAGCAGCUCCAUGCUUCGGGAACAGAUCCUGGACCUCAGCAAGAGGUACAUCAAGGCGCUGGCAGAAGAAAACAGAAAUGUGGUGGACGGGCCCUACGCGGGGGUCAUGACAGCUUACGAUUUGAAGAAGACUCUUGCUGUGUUGUUGGAUAACAUUUUGCAGCGCAUUGGCAAGUUAGAGUCAAAGGUGGACAACCUCGUAAUCAAUGGCACAGGGACAAACUUGACCAACUCCACCACAGCUGUUCCCAGCUUGGUAGCACUUGAGAAAAUUAAUGUGGCAGAUAUCAUUAAUGGAGCUCAAGAAAAAUGCGUAUUGCCUCCUAUGGAUGGCUACCCCCACUGCGAGGGGAAAAUCAAGUGGAUGAGAGAUAUGUGGCGCUCGGACCCCUGCUACGCAGAAUACGGAGUGGAUGGGUCCGCCUGCUCUUUUUUUAUUUACCUCAGUGAGGUUGAAAAUUGGUGUCCUCAUUUACCUUGGAGAGCAAAAAAUCCCUACGAAGAAGCUGAUCGUAAUUCAUUGGCAGAAAUUCGUACGGAUUUUAAUAUUCUCUACAGUAUGAUGAAAAAGCAUGAAGAAUUCCGAUGGAUGAGACUACGGAUCCGGCGAAUGGCUGAUGCGUGGAUCCAAGCAAUCAAGUCCCUGGCAGAGAAGCAGAAUCUUGAAAAGAGAAAGCGGAAGAAAGUCCUUGUUCACCUGGGCCUCCUGACUAAGGAAUCUGGAUUUAAGAUUGCAGAGACAGCUUUCAGUGGUGGCCCUCUUGGUGAAUUAGUUCAGUGGAGUGAUUUAAUUACAUCUCUGUACUUACUGGGCCAUGACAUUAGGAUUUCAGCUUCACUGGCGGAGCUCAAGGAAAUAAUGAAGAAGGUUGUAGGAAACCGAUCUGGCUGCCCAACUGUAGGAGACAGAAUUGUUGAGCUCAUUUAUAUUGAUAUUGUAGGACUCGCUCAAUUCAAGAAAACUCUCGGACCAUCCUGGGUUCAUUACCAGUGCAUGCUGCGUGUCCUGGACUCAUUCGGCACAGAACCAGAGUUCAACCAUGCCAACUAUGCCCAGUUGAAAGGCCACAAGACCCCCUGGGGCAAGUGGAACCUGAACCCGCAGCAGUUUUACACCAUGUUCCCUCACACGCCAGACAACAGCUUCCUGGGGUUCGUGGUCGAGCAGCACCUGAACUCCAGCGAUAUCCACCACAUUAACGAAAUCAAGAGGCAGAACCAGUCCCUUGUGUACGGCAAAGUGGAUAGCUUCUGGAAGAAUAAGAAGCUCUACUUGGACAUCAUUCACACGUACACGGAAGUGCACGCGACUGUUUACGGCUCCAGCACAAAGAACAUUCCCAGUUACGUGAAAAACCACGGGAUCCUCAGUGGACGGGACUUGCAGUUUCUUCUCCGAGAAACCAAGCUGUUUGUUGGACUUGGGUUCCCUUAUGAAGGCCCGGCUCCCUUGGAGGCCAUCGCAAAUGGAUGUGCUUUUCUGAACCCCAAGUUCAACCCACCCAAAAGCAGCAAAAACACAGACUUUUUCAUUGGCAAGCCAACUCUGAGAGAGCUGACCUCCCAGCACCCUUAUGCCGAAGUUUUCAUCGGUCAGCCACACGUCUGGACUGUUGACCUCGAUCAUCAGGAGGAGGUGGAGGACGCUGUGAAAGCAAUUUUAAGUCAGAAGAUUGAGCCGUACAUGCCAUAUGAAUUCACAUGCGAGGGGAUGCUACAGAGAAUCAACGCUUUCAUCGAAAAACAGGACUUCUGCCAUGGGCAAGUGAUGUGGCCGCCCCUGAGUGCCCUGCAGGUAAAGCUUGCUGAGCCCGGGCAGUCCUGCAAGCAGGUGUGUCAGGAGAAACAGCUUAUCUGCGAGCCUUCCUUCUUCCAGCAUCUCAACAAGGACAAGGACUUGCUGAAGUACGAGGUGACCUGCCGAAGCUCAGAGGUGGCCAAGGACAUCGUGGUGCCCUCCUUCGACCCCAAGAGCAAGCACUGUGUGUUUCAAGGUGACCUCCUGCUGUUCAGCUGUGCCGGCGCCCACCCCAGGCACCGGAGGAUCUGCCCCUGCCGGGACUUCAUCAAGGGCCAGGUGGCCCUCUGUAAAGACUGUCUCUAGCAGCCUCCGGCCCGGCCCCGCACGCACUCUCCUGGGGAAGACGGGCAAG